AUGUGGGAAGUGGAGAUGGAUCACGGGAAUGAAGCAAUGGAAACAGGCAAGCUUGCGACGAUUCGGCAACAAGUUGAAAAUGUAAGAGAGGUGAUGAACAAUAAUGUGCAAAGGGUAUUGGAAAGAGACGAACAACUGGAGAAUAUUGAGGGUAGGACGGAAGCGCUUACUCAGUCGUCUCAAAACUUCCAAUGGACAGCACGACGCGUUCAGCGCCGAAUGUGUGUGAAGAAUGCAAAAUGGAUUAUUAUCGUUGCUGCUUGUUUAAUAGUUCUUACUGCUACAUUCAUGCUUAUUAUGUUGAAGAACUCAUACGUUUUCAUUCACUCUUGA